GUCAAGCACUAACAAUCCAAGCACAUGCUAUAGCCAAGAAAUUACAUGCCCAAGGUCGUCAACCCACUAUCCAAUGGGUCCCAGGACACGCAGGGGUAGAAGGAAAUGAGAGAGCUGAUUAGGCAGCAAAGCAGGCAGCCAACAAGCCCCCAGGAAGAGGCCCAAGAGAGAUCUCUUUGGCCUUUGCCUGUAGAGCCCGAACAGAAGCCAUUACAACACAAAGGCAAAGAUGGCUCACUAAGGAGCUUGGACAGCGAUCUCAACAAGGUCAACAAAUAUACAGGCCACAGAAGAACUGGCGGCUCGACCCAGCAGCUGCAAUGGCUCCCAAGCAUCUAGCAAGCCGCUAUUUUCAACUGAAGUCAGGACAUGCAGCUAUAGGAGCAUACCUACAUUGGAUCCGGGUCCAGGAGGAUGCAACCUGUGAAGGAUGCAGUAUAUCAAGGGAGACAACACACCAUCUUCUCUUUGAAUGUCGGGAAUGGCGACACCAACGAAACAGGCUCUACAAGGACCUAGAGACAGACAGAGUCAUGAGACCCACUACUGCAGAAGAAUAUCCACAAGGACGACUCCUAGGAGAGCCCGAAGCUACGAGGGCAUUGCUGCAAUUCCUAGCCAGCACCAGUGUAGCUCUACCCCGGGCGCACCUACAGCAGAUGGCGGAAAGGGCCCGAAGAGAUGACGAAUGGGGACUGGAAGCAUUGGAGGAAGCAGUUAGAACAGGAGAAGGGUAGCAGGAAGGGUAGCCUAAGCUGAGAGUCAGCCUAGGCCACACCCAUCCUGCUCCAAAAACACAAGGAGAGCACUGUGCUCGAAAGCCCUGUGCAUACAGGCGGUUUGGGGAGAGGAAAAGGAUCAGAGAAAUUAUAGAAGGGGGCGAGUGCCUCAGGAACUAAUAGGGACAAGAGACUGUAGAAUAGCAGCCAGCCUCAAGUCCAUGAAUCAUGGUCUGUCAUAGCUCUAGGGCUCGGUAUGGACAAUAAACUUGAUUAAAUAAUAAAAAUAAUACAGCGUG